AUGUUGUUCAAAGGCGCCGGAUACCUAUCAGCGUCCUUGCUGGCCGGCAUCGUCCGCGGUGCCCCAGCACUGCUCUCGCUUGACCGCAGGGCCAUCGAGGACCCCUUUGCGGUGCUUGACACUCAGAACUGGGUAAACCCGGAUAACAUGACAUGGGAAGAUUUCAAGGCUCCUCCUGGCACUGACUGGUCAAACCCAGCACAGACCGGGUCUAUCAGAAACUUCAAGAUCGCACUUGUUGCUGUGGAUUAUCCAGACGAGAACUUCACUAUUACGAAGCCUGUCGGAUCAACCCCGUUCAAUAAUCCCCAGCCAGAUGCCUCUGAGCUUGACCGUGCAGAUGUUCCCGCCUUCUAUAGGGACCUUCUCAACAAGCCGCAGGCCCUCAACCGCAACCACACCUUGCAUGAGUACUGGAUGGAGGAUUCUGCGGGCCGUUAUGGCGUCGACUUGACUGCUUUCGGAGCCUACAGACUCCCAUCCAAGUCGUUCCAGUACGGCGUUGACGAGGAAGGAUUCAACCCUGGAGCGUGUCCAGAAGAACCAUGCACCGCCGACCUACGUACUGAUGCUCUUGGAGCAUGGCGCGCAGAUGUCGGCAAUGCUACUGCUGACACCUUUGAACUCGUCUUCAUCCUGAGUGCUGGCCAGGACGAAUCGGGAUCUUGGCAAGAAUUCGGUGUCAUGAAGUUUCUCACCAACGAAGAUGUCACAGAUGAUUUCGGCCCGCCUGGCAAUAGCUCACUACCGAAUUACGCAAAAACUCGAUAUGUUGAGUGGACUUCGUGGGCAGCGGCGUCGACAAUCUGGCCUAACGCGGGCGGAGGAUCCUCAACGCAGGCAGAGAGCUCUGGAGCUGCCACCUAUGCUCACGAGCUUUCUCAUCUUCUCGGCAUUGGCGACAAUUACAACAACCCAUACGGCGUCCCUGCAAGAAGAGCUUACACGGGACCGUGGAGUAUGAUGUCCCGUGGUAGUUUUAAUGGGCCGGGAGGUCCUCACACUCGCUGGCAGAUCCCCUCGCUGCAAGGCGCGACAAUGGGCUCUCUCCACACUGUCCGCGACAAGCUUCAGCUCGGUCUCACAGACAAAUCCAACGUGCUGAUUGUUGAGAAAGCCGACCUCGAAUCGUCCGGGAUUGUUACGGCCGAGGUGACUGCUCGAGCAGUUGACGCCCCCGACGGCCUGAUUGGCGUCCGCAUCGUGUUCGGCACCGAUCUAUCGCCCUACUGCAACACCUCCACCGCCCCUCUGUGUGACGGCGGAGGCUACAACAAUUACGAAAUCGAGGUCAUCGAUCGCAUGGGGGCCGACAGCUUUACUCCAGAUAGUGGAGUCUUGAUCAGCAAGAGCAAAGACUCGGACAGCACCCAGCCAUUCCAGUGGGUUAUUGAUGCAAACCCUCAAGAUAUUGAUGUUGUGGACUACAUCCGGCCUGACGGAAAAGAGCAGAAGCUGACAGUCGGUGAUUACCGACAGCUGGCUGAUGCUUUGUUUCAUGCCGGCACCAGGUCGGGCAGCCAGUAUGAGUAUAUAGACGAGGCAAACAGCCUGCACUUGUAUGUCCUCAACCGUCGCCGCGAUGAGCUGGGCGUUUUGCACUACACAGUGGGAGCCCGCAGCCUGUCGAGCGGCAACAGCACAAGCACAGGCGGUGUUGAGCUGAGCUCCGGGUCUGUCGUGGGUUCUAGUCCCUCGAAUGCUCAAGGAGUGGCGUGCUUAUUUGACCUCGCCAAUACGGGCAAGCAGACAGUAGGCGCAAAUGCGACUUUAGGGCAAUACACUAAAAGCGAUGUGUAUCGCCUCAAGGCGGAGGCUACAGGAGGGGAAGGUUGGACAGUGGUGUUGCCAAAUGAACUUGCUGUAGCGGACUUUGGGGGGAAGACACAGGUGGUAGUUGCUGUUUCCGCAGCCGACGCCGCGGACGGGGAAGCCGUGGUGAGAUUGACUGCCACCUCUGAAUCUGAUGGGAGUGUGUCAAGCUCGGCGGAAUGUACUGUUACUCGAUAG